AUGUCCUCCGACCUCCCCUCCCUCCUCAAACGCACCCGAAUCACCGACCACGAGGAGAUUCUGCGCGCCGCCAACGCAGCCCUGAAGCAGAAGAAGAAUGAUUUGGAUGCCCAACAUGCGAAGGUAGUAGCCUUACUCAAACUCGAUCGGUUCGAGGACGCCGUACACGCUUUUGACACAGCAGAAGGGGGGGGUUUGAAGCAGAAAGCGAGGUUGGAAUAUGCAUACGCGCUUUACAAGACUGGGAAAGCCGAGGAGGCGGCGGGGGUAGCGAGGGAGGGUGGAGAGGAGAGAGGGUAUAGACAUGUUGAAGCACAGGCGGCGUAUCGGACUGAAGAUUUCCCGCGGGCAAAAGAAUUGUAUACCCAACUCGCAUCACCCGACGACAACGACAAUGACGACGACGACGAUGCGGAAGCGGAUCUCAGAAUUAAUACGGGAGCCGUGGACGCACAGCUAGAAUGGACGUACCGCGGUGAUCUCGUGACGAAGAAGAAACCUGAACGGGAGGAUCUGGAGGCGUUCGAAACGGCGUAUAAUGCCGCUUGCGCCAGUAUUGCGCAAGGGGAGUUGGCGCAGGGGGAGGUGCUGUUGAAGCGGGCGAAGGGGUUGUGUGAGGGGAUGGAGGAGUUGAGUGCUGAAGAGAAGAAGGGGGAGGUGGGGCCGAUUUUGGCGAUGUGGGGGUUUGUUUUGCUUAGAUUGGGGAGGGGGGAGGAGGCGAGGGGGGUGAUGGGGGAAAUUGAGGGUGGGGUUGGGGGAUUGGGGUUGGUAGGGAGGGUUAAUAGGAUGGUUGCUGAGGGUGGGGAGGGGAACCCGUUUCUGGCGUCGAGGGUGCUGGGACGGAAUCGUGAUGAUACUGUGAGGAGUGGUGAGGCGAAGCAGGAUCAGCCUUUCGAGUUCCAGGCGAAGGUGUUGAGGCAGAACCAGUACGCGCUAGAGCUUCAAAGCGCGAAGUUCGAGGGCUUGGUUCGGUCGACGAAGGUGGUGCUUGCAGGGCAGACGUCUUCGACGCUCGAUCCGGAGUAUAAUGUGCUUUCUGUAGUCAACGCGGCAGCGCAUGCGAAAGCACGGUCCGGGAAGGAGGCGCUCAAGUAUAUUCUGCCUGAGCUUGAGAAGCGACCGUAUGAUGUCGGACUGGUACUCACGAUCGCGCAAUUGUAUGUUUUGACUGGGAAUUCGAGUACGGCGAUUACGAUGCUGGAGAAGUUCUUGAGUCGACUGGAGCAGGCUGGAAGUGUGAAGGAAAUGGAUGUGAGGUUCGCGCCCGGUCUUGUUGGGGCGAUGGUGAGUUUGUACCAAAGUGCUGGGAGACGAGGACAUGCUCGUGCGGAGUUGGCGGAAGCUGCACAGUAUUGGCAGCGGAAGGGGAAGGAGAGCAGUGGGAAACUUCCAGGCGGAGUGGUGAAUCUGUUCAAGGCGGCUGGGAGCUCAUUGCUGGAGUCGGAAGAGAAGGAGCAUCAAGAAUUGGCAGCAGGCAUCUUCACAGAUCUGCAUCAGAGGGAUGAGAAGGAUCGAUAUGCCGCUGCUGGAUUACUAGCCGCUUCGCCACAGACGGCCACGAAUACACAGACGCAAUCGCUGCAGUCGAUCGACCGGCUCGUCGCCUCGAUAGACGUGGACGAACUAGAACACGCCGGGAUCGCCCAACCAACCACCACAACCAGCACAUCGCUCAAACGUCCCGCACCAGCAGAUAGCAAACCCAUCAAAGCGAAGAAACCCCGCAAAUCGCGCCUCCCAAAGGAUUACGAUCCCAACAAGCAGCCGGACCCCGAGCGUUGGCUUCCCCUGCGAGACAGGAGUACAUACAGGCCUAAGGGCAAGAAGGGGAAGGCGAGACGGGAGGCGUUGUCGCAGGGUGCUGUGAUGGCGCAGGGGAGUGGGAAUGAGGAUUCCAGGCCUGCUACCCCCGGGGCGGAGGUUUUGAAGGGGAAGAGUGUUGGUGGGGGUGGGGGUGGGAAGAAGAAGAAGGGAAAGAGGUGA